GACGUCAGAUGCCGGAAGGUCAGAGGCUGCGAGCGGAAGUGGGUGCAGGAGCGCUCCGCCAUUGUGUGCGAGAGGAGUAGGGACCGUGCAGCUGCAGACACGUACACACGGGCAGCCGCCGCCGUCCCACCCGAGCCGACCCGACCCGAGCCGACCGGGAGCCCGCCGGCACGCAGGCAGCGGCCGCUCCUCCGCCGCCUGGGAUUUACCGUCACCGGCCCGGCCCGCUGCGCCAUCCACCGGGAGCUCGGUUUUUCUUUUAAUUUUUUUCCGGAAAAAAAAAGAGUCGGCGGAGCCUGAGGCCGCGGCCGAGCCCCUGCCCGCUGUUGUUUAAUGAAGAAUGUCUGCGACCAGCGUGGAGCAGAGACCGAAAGGACAGGGAAGUAAAGUUCAGAACGGUUCGAUGCAUCAGAAAGACACAGUGAAUGAUGACGAUUUUGAACCUUAUUUAACGAGCCAGGCAAAUCAGAGCAACAGCUACCCACCAAUGUCAGAUCCGUACAUGCCCAGUUACUAUGCUCCUUCCAUUGGAUUUCCAUAUUCACUUGGUGAAGCUCCCUGGUCAACAGGGGGAGAUCCUCCAAUGCCAUACUUAACAACAUAUGGACAGAUGAGCAAUGGUGAGCAUCACUUUAUACCAGAUGGUGUAUUUAAUCAACCAGGGGCCUUGGGGAGCACCCCACCAUUUUUGAAUCAACAUGGAUUUAACUUUUUUCCUGGGAAUGCCGACUUUUCUACCUGGGGAGCGAGUGGAUCUCAAGGACAGUCAACACAAAGUUCUGCAUAUAAUAACAGUUACGGAUAUCCACCCAGUUCUCUUGGAAGAGCCAUAGCUGAUGGACAAGCUGGAUUUGGAAGUGACUCUCUGAGCAAAGUGCCUGGCAUAAAUAGCAUUGAGCAAGGCAUGACUGGACUGAAGAUUGGAGGAGAUAUGACAACAGCUGUCACUAAAACUGUAGGUUCAGCUCUUAGUAACACAGGUAUGUGCAGUAGCAUUGUUGCUAAUAGCAUUCCAGCAACAACCACUUCAGCGCCUAAACCAACAUCGUGGGCUGCUAUUGCUAGGAAACCUGCAAAACCUCAGCCCAAGCUAAAGCCUAAGACUAACGUAGGGUUAGGUGGAUCUGCAGUGCCACCUCCACCUAUAAAACAUAACAUGAAUAUUGGAACUUGGGAAGACAAAGGUAAUGUGCCCAAAGCCCCACCUACACAGCAAGUUCUGCCUCCUCAAGUUGUUAUCCAGCAACAUCAGCUUCCACAGCAGCCAAUUGCUAUUCAGACCCAACCAGCACAUCAACAACCACAGCAUGUGGGGCCUCAACAACCUCAGGUUCAGCAGCAGUUGCAAAACCGCUGGGUGGCUCCUCGCAAUCGGGGAGCUGGCUUCAAUCAGAACAGUGGCACUAAUAGCGAGAGUUUUGUGUUGGGUAUGGCCUCUUUAAGCACUUCACUGCCUGGAGGAGAAGUACAUCCUGUGUUGGAAAAACUGAAAGGCAUACACAACUACAACCCCAAAGAUUUUGACUGGAGUCUGAAGACGGGUCGAGUAUUUAUAAUUAAAAGCUACUCUGAGGAUGAUAUACACCGUUCCAUCAAAUAUUCUAUUUGGUGCAGUACUGAGCAUGGUAAUAAACGUUUGGAUGCUGCUUUCCGCUCCUUGAACGGUAAAGGACCACUCUAUUUACUGUUUAGUGUAAAUGGAAGUGGACAUUUUUGUGGAGUGGCUGAGAUGAAGUCAGCUGUGGACUAUAAUGCUUAUGCUGGAGUGUGGUCACAAGAUAAAUGGAAGGGCAAGUUUGAAGUGAAGUGGAUCUUUGUAAAAGAUGUGCCCAAUAACCAGCUACGGCAUAUUCGUUUGGAAAAUAAUGAUAACAAACCAGUUACCAACUCAAGGGACACACAGGAGGUGCCCCUAGAAAAAGCCAAGCUAGUGCUUAAAAUAAUUGCUACUUACAAGCAUACCACUUCAAUCUUUGAUGAUUUUGCACAUUAUGAAAAGCGUCAAGAAGAGGAGGAAGCCAUACGUAGGGAGCGGAAUAGAAGCAAGUAGUGACUGAAUGGAGAAGCUCUACCAGAUUUAGAACACUAAUGAUACAAACCUUGGAAAUGCCUAGUAUCUUCAAGGAACAUGAUUAUUGGAACUUUACUGCUCAUGGCAACUUCUACAGAACACUUGAACACAAAAUUGGCUUUCUGUGUCGGUUCUCGUUACUGCAUUUGCCCUUAUACUCUUGUCUCACAAAACACAUCUGAGCGCUAUAACUUUGUCAAGCACUUUCUGCCAUCCUAAGCUUUUAUCAGUAACUUCUGUCUUUCUAAGCUCACCCUCUUAGAUGAAUUACAGAAAUUGAGUGGAAGUGAGAAACCAAUAACUUUUUAUUUGAAUUUGUUUAAUACUAACAAUUAAUGAGUGUAGUUUGGUCAAUGAUCUGAGAUUUCAAAAUGCUUGGCUCUUCAGAAUACUUUCUGUUGUAGGAUUUAUUUUUAAGUUAAUUUUAGCUCUUUUGAAACAAUUUGGAUAUCAUGUAAUUUUUAGUUCAAACUGAUAAAUCCAAUACAAUGCCUAUGUGAAAAUUAUUGUAGUCAAUAAAGCAAAUAAAUUGAAUUAAUAUUUUGCCAAAUGUGAAACAAACCAGAAGUUAUGCAAGAUUCUUACCCAAAUUAUUUGUGGUUUUGAAUAUAAUUUUUAAAAAUGUAUGUGCAACCAUUUGAAUGCCAUGCUCCUUUUUUUUCUUGUACUCUGUAUUACAUAGGCUUCAGAAAAGUACAUUUGUCUAGGGAGAAGAUACUAGAUGUUUGAUACGACCAUUGAUGAAACUGUCCUAAGUAAAUGUACCUCAGUUUGAUUUAAAAUUUUAGACUUAUGUAAUAUCUUUUAAAUACAACUUCCUUGCUUUGAAUGUUUGCCCUUCCGGCAGGAAACUAUCAUGGAAGUGAUUUUUUUUCUCCUCUAAAUGAUUCAUUAGCUUAAUAAAUCCAGUACUUCUUUA